AUGUCCGCCGAAGAUACAAAGAAAGUUGAAGAAGUUGCUACUGAAGAAAAAAAAUGUUGCUGUGGUGAUAAAUGCUGCUGUGGUGAUGAUUGCAAAUGCGGAGAUGACUGUAAAUGUGGUGAUAAAUGCUGCUGUGGAGAUGAUUGUAAAUGUGGUGAUGAUUGCUGCUGCCAUAAACAUGAAGAAGAAGCUGCACCAGUUGAAAGAGUAAUGUCAAAAGGUGAAAAGAAAGCAAGAAAAGCUCUUGAAAAAGUCGGACUUGUUGAAGUUCAUGAUGUCAUUGAAUUCUCACUUAAGAGAAUGGGAACUAAAUUUGUUAUUCAUGAUCCAGCUGUCUAUAAACUCCCAUCAAGUGAACAUUAUGUCAUUUAUGGUGAACCAAAGAAUGAAUUUAUGGAUGCUAAAACUAGACAACUCCUUGAACAACUUCAAGCUAACAUGAAAGAACAACAAGCCAAUAAUGAAGAAAAGAAAGAAGAACCAACUGCUGAAACUGAGGCACCAGCUGCUACAGAAGCUGUUGAAGAUAAUGGAUAUGUUCCAGCUGAAGAAGAUGUUAAAGUUCUUAUGGCACAAGCCAAUACCACACAUGAAAAAGCAUAUGCUGCUCUUAAGAAGACUAAAGGUGAUCUUGUCACUGCUUUCUUUGAAUUCCAAUAAUCGAAAUUUUUGAUUUGGUAUUUAAAUUUUUUGUUAUUAUAUUUUGUUAAAUAAAUAGACUUUUAUAAAUAAUUAAU